AUGGCUAGUCCUUCUCGGGAUCAUAUCCACUACUUCUUUGCUGAAGCCCAUGUCCUCACAUCUGAAGCGAAAUUUGUUAUCAAUGCACUACCAAAUGCGGAAAUGCGGGCGGUAGAGUCACUGGUUCAUAAGCUUUAUGCUGUUCGUAGUAUAUUACGGGACAUUGACGACACCAACUCAAACCCGGAUGAACUCGAACAUCUUGGAGAUUACCGACUCUGGCGUGAUAUCCGAAAGGACACGCUGGAAGCUUACCGAAAGAUAUUCAGGUAUCUUGAAGACAACGAGUUGUUAGACAUGUCAGACAACAUACAACGUCUUUGUUUAUAUGUUGUAUUUCACCCACGCAUUCAGCAAUCCCUGCGACGAACAGCGGACGCUUGGAACCACCAUCAAAUACGCACGGCAGGCCAUAAAACUCCGAUUGCCCUCUACGAGUUGAGCCGAGAGCAUGCAAAAACACGGGGUUAUUGGACAGGGGAUCCAGGAGAUAAUGUAGAAACAGCCUCCCAUCCCUCAUAUGGUCUUGAAGACGAGCUGGAGCAAGGAGCCCCGGGUGAUCAUCAGGUGUCGGAAGAAGAUAGCGAUGAUAUUAGGGUCAAUGAGAAUGAGGACAUCACUGAUGUACACAGUAUUCUAACAGGUAUGGGCUUUGAUAUUGAACAAGAGGAUGGGAACUGGGGAAUUGAAGUAUAUUGUGAAGCUGUACUAAAAUUGAAAGUCUAUGUAGAGGCGCAAUUGUAA